GGCGCGAGGGAUAGGAAAAACAAGAAGGUUUCUGGUUCGUCUUCAAUUAUCUUGGAAGGGAAAUAAAGUGGAAGAUAGAACUGUGAAAUCGAUGAUGGGCUUUGCAAUGGGAAGCACUUGCUUUUUCCAGGCUCCGCUUCAUGUUUCUCGCUUUCCAUUUUCUUCGAUUCCUUGUUCUUCGUGUUCUUCGCAAUCAAAUUCGCUCACCUCAAGGAAUGCAGCGGCAAGACAGAAAAUCGGAGUACCGGCGGCUGUGGAGCGAAACAAUUACUUAAACGAUGAUGGAUUGUGCAAGAGGAGGGCGAUUCUGUUUCUCGGUAUUUCAGUUUUUCCGAUUCUGCAAUUGAAGGCUCAAGCUCUUGAAAGUUCGGCUCAAGAGAAAACUGAGGUAAAUGCUCAAGAAGGGAACGAAAAUAUAGAGCUUGCGGCCGAAAUAGAGAAACCGUCAAAUCCUUUUGUACCUUUACUCAACGUAAUUGGAGUUUUCGGUUCGGGGGUGCUCGGAUCACUCUAUGGAAUAGCUCGAAAAGAGAAAAUUGCCGCUGAUAUGGCGUUAGAAUCUAUGAAUGCUGAACUGAAAGAGAAGGAAUCUUCCAUUAUUUCAAUGAGGAGAAGCUAUGAAGCAAAGUUACUGAAUGAACAGGAAGAACGUACAAAUCAAUUAAGGAAGGCAAAGGAAGAGCAAAUUUCUUUGGUGAACCAACUAAAUACAGCCAAUCUUACCAUUGGACGCUUGGGACAAGAGUUAAGAAAUGAAAAGGGGAAAAUAGAAGAGCUUAAUGUUUGCAUUAGUAGCCUACAAAAUGACCUGUCGAAGGCCGAGGAAGAUAAGCAUACGCUUGAAGCGAAACUGCAAGAAAGUCUCGAAUCUAUUGAACUUCUACAAGAAAGGGUUAACUUGCUUGGUUUGGAGCUUGAGGAUAAGGAGAAUAGCAUUCAAAAGAUCAAUUCUUCCCUUGCAGAAAAGGAAGGUGAAUUGAAGAACUUGAUUUCCUCGUACGAUCGAGCAAAGGACGAACUGGAUGCUGCCCGUUUAGAGAUUCAACGUUUAAAGGACGAGCUUCUGAACAAUAAGGAAGAACUUGAGACAAAGAUUUCUAUGGUGGAUGAAUUAAACGCAAAUGUAGCUUCUUUGGUCAUCGCGAGAGAUGAUUACAUGAGAAAGUUGGAAAAUGCAAACGAUGAAUACGAUCGUCUGAAAUUAUCUGCCGAAAAGAAGGCGUCGUUAGAUGCUGAACUUUUACGAGAUAGAGAACAGGAGAUUCAGGAACUGCAGGAAAAACUUAAGAUUGCUGUCAAAGAAGUACAUGGAAACCAAACAAGAAUUGAUGAUCUGACACAAGAAAGAGACGUUUUGAUAAAGAAGCUGGAAUUAGAAUCAAGUAAUGCACAAAUACUGAAAGAUGAAUUGGAAGUUGCUCGAGGGAAUCUUAGCGAGUCGAGAAAUCAGUCUUCCGAUCUCGGAAACCAGUUAGAGGAGUCGAAACGUAAGUGCUCAGAACUCGAGUCUGAGGUUUCUAGGCUGCAGGCUGAAUCUGAUGAAGUUAGAAAUUCACUUCAAAGCAAGUUUGAAGAGGCAAAACAAAAUGGUGAAAUCUUAGCCAAUGAGCUUUCAGAAACCAAGGAACUUCUCACGAAAACGAACAAAGAGUUAAAGAAUAUGUCCGAUGAGCUCGCGGUCGUCAUCGAAAGUCGGAAUGGUUUACAGAAGGAAUUGGAUGAUGCCUAUCGAAAAGCCGAAACUCUAAGUAACGAUUUAGAAGAAGAAAGGAAAGUAGUUGUUUCUCUUAACAAAGAAAUCCAAACGUUGGAGAAGCAAAAUGUGAAGGACAAGGAAGCAAGAAAGUGUCUUGAAACAGAUUUGGAAGAAGCAAUCAAGUCACUUGAUGAGAUGAACCGCAAUGCAUUGUUACUUUCUAAAGAAUUGGAGAAGUCGAAUUCCCACGUGACGAAUCUCGAAGACGAGAAAGAAGUGCUUCGUAGGAGUGUCACAGAUCAAAAGAACGCCGCCAUUGAAGCACAGGAAAACUUGGAAGACGCCCAUAACAUCGUCAUGAAACUCGGAAAAGAAAGGGACAGUUUCGAGAACAUGGCGAAGAAACUAGAAGCAGACUUGGCAUCUGCAAAGGGUGAGAUAUUGAGGCUCCGGCGUGAAAUCAAAUCAUCAAAUAAAACCAACCAGCAACAGCCAAAUGCUGAAGCUGAAGGCAAGGCCAAAGUCACCGUCGCCAAGAGAACUGUCAGGAGGAGAAAGUCGACUACUCCGUCGGAUAAAGAACUGUCCUGAGUGUCGUUUACUCUAACCCGUCUCCGCUCGUACCCCUCAAACAUCUUGUUAUCCUGUUACUCUCUUCCCCAACCAGGUGCUAUUGAUUUGUUCCUUGCCAUGGCCCUUUGUAUGCUACCAAUAAUAAUGCAGCAAGUCACGAGAUGUCGUCCACCAUCGUCGGUACCGAACGCAUGAUGGUUUCACACACAAUGUAUUGAAGUUCAAGAGGUAAGUUGCUGAAAGAAACAGAGAGGAGGUAUGAUUGUGUGAAGCUUGCCAUGUAUAAUUAGACAAGCCUGGAUGUAAAACUUUGGUGGAUCCAUAACAGGUAUCAGUAGCUCCAUUAUUUUGUAUGGAUCAUACUUGAUCAUGAUUUUUUUUUUUU